AGGGGACUUCAGGGCAUCUGUGGGAACUAACUUUCAGACCUCAUUUAUUUAAACCAUGCUCAGCGGUGGGUUUUGCAGCCUCGGUGUAGGGGUGUUCAUCCCGCAGCUCUAUCUGCUCUUCACCCUGAUGGCUCCCCUAAAGCAUCACAGGGACACAAGGUGUAAAAGCCUGUCUUGCAAAGCAGCGAUUCCUUCAAAUUCGUGGUGAAUAUCACAAUGAAUUUAUCUCAACUCCCCGUCCCUGAAGGUCUCGGGUCUGAGCUGACCCCAGCAUUGAGCAGAGAGCAGCAGCCGGGGAGAGGAGCUAGUGGCAAAUCACUGCUUUGUUUGUAAGUCGUCCCAGUGACCGAUAAACCCUCGUGGAGAAUUUUUCAAAUACCUCGCAGUGUGGCCGUACGCAAGGGCUGCGUUUUUUACGUCAGCGGCCAGCUGCUGCCUCGCGCCCAGCCCUGCUCCCCGAGCUGGCGGCUUUUUAAUCACAUUUUUUCACUUAAAGUCACUGAGUCAUCAGUUUGUGCAUUGGGACGAAUGCUGAUAUCCUGGCAGUACCACCUGUGUCCCACUAACCCACCCUGUCUGUCCAGCUGCACCAGAUGUGACUGUUGUACCUUAAAAGUCACUCAAAACCGGGAGUUGAAUUUGGUAGGAGCUAAGCUAUCCAGAAACCACGCUUUGCAGGAAUGAUUUAUUUUCCGCAACAACGUGGGUUGCAUGUUUUGGGGGGUUUCCUGCAGGCAGGGAGCGAUGCUUAUCUCUGCCUUGGAGAUGGGAACAGACCCAAAUCCCUGCCUGAGCUCUCAUCGCCGGUUUGUCCAUCCUCAGCAGCAGCCCGAGGUUUAAAGCGCGAACGUUACCCUUAUAGGGAGGUGCCGAGGGCUGGCCUGGGCGCCGGGAGUUUUGAAAUCCCACGGCAAACUAGGGAUUACCCCCUUCCUCGUCCCGUGUUCAUCCCAGCCCGGGCCGGCCUCGCCUAUGCCGUGGGAUGCUUGGCGUUCCUGCAAGCAUCCCAGGGCCGCCGGCCACCCUCCCCACGGCCGCCAAGUGCCGGCAGAGCCGGCAGCUGGAUUGGCUGCAGUGGCCGAAUCUUUCCUUUUUAGGCUGCGUGCCUGCUCCGGCUCGGGGCUUUUCCGCCGCGGUCCGAGCUUCAAACCGGCUGUGCCGAGGUGUCCUGUCCUGGCUGGCUGUGGUGCCGUGGGUCGGGGUGGUUUUGGGGAAUCCGGCUGGAGUGGGGAGCUUGCAGCUGACCUACCCGUUCCCAAGCAAAUGCCAGGGGUGGAAUAGCAAAGCAGAGCGGGGUCUCGGGUCGAUACCCGGCUGUUUGCACCAGCCCAGGGUUUGGGGGUGUCUCCGUGGCUUUGGGCCCCACCGUGGGUGGGAUGGGGUCCUGACACAGGCUCCGUGUAGCCCCCCAGCACAGCCAUGCUCCCUCCGUGUGGGACUUUCCCAGUGCUGGCAUGGGCCACUCUCUCAAUCCAACCCCCUAUUUCCCCCCCUGCCCCACUCUCUGCUGGGUUUGGGGUUAAUUUUUUUCUUUUCUUUUUUUUUUUUUUUUUCUUUUUUUUUUCCAGCAUGUCAUAUAUGGCAACCUUUUGCCUCGGUGACCUCAUAUUUGGCGGUGAACCAAGGGAACCGGGUUGGGAUGUGAGGCAGCGGCAGGUCCCCGGGGCUCAGGGCGUGCAGUGGGGACGCCGACAAGUGUACAGCCAGGGGACCCAGGGGACAAAUCCAGUCCCCGAGUGCUGAGGUUUCCCUGGAGGAAGUGGGAUAACUGGGGCAGAGCCACUGCCUGGGGAUGUUGGAGGUACAAGCGGGCUGGCCAUGCCAGGGAGACACCGUGUCCCUGUCCUGCCCCGUGGGGUGACAGCCCAGAGUCCGCUCCCCCUCUCCGGGGCCGGGGGGGACAUCAGGACUCUUGGGUCCCUUCUGGUGGCGGUGGGACCCUGCAGCUCUUGGUCCUUAUUGCUGCACCGGUGCCUUGAUGUCCCUGCCCUGAGCACAGCUCAGGACCCUGCAAAGCAAAGCAGGAGGCAGCCCAGGCACCCUGUGCCUCAGUUUCCCCAUCUGCAACCUGAGUCCCCCAUAGCUCUGGGGCAUCUCUCCUGCCUCCCCCCUGCCCCAGCUGCUUGGGGAGAGUCCCCGGUGCGGGACCGUUGUCCUUAAAAAGGCAGCUGGGAGUUUGGCAGCCGCUGGUUGGCCUCUGCGAGGGCCGUCGGCCGCUGCGGCUCCGCUCGCCGCAUGCCAAGGCUGCAUCCGCAGGGGUGGCUCUGGCCCCCUCCCCGUGCUGCAUUUGGGCAGGGGGGCCAGAGGACAGCACCCACGUUGUACCUCGGGGUGUCUGGGCUCAUCCCGUCUCCAAAAUCCUCCUGGGGAGAGGGUGAGAGCGGCGUGCACCCCGUGACACAGAGCUGGGCUUCAGACCUGCCAGUCCCAGCCCCGGGCAAGCUGAGGAUUUGGGGAACGAGGGGCUUUGGGGCACCGAAAGCCCAAAAAUGGGGGCAGAAAGAAAAAACUCCGGGCUGAGACAGCCCAAAGGUGCCAGAUGCCGGCGAGACACAGGGGAACCGAGGCCGGGAGGAAGCAAUGCACCAACCCAGUGCAUUUCCAGUGUCUCGGCGAUGCCAAAUUCCCAUCCUGGCUCUGGGAUGUCCCCUGUGGCAGAGCCCUGACACCCACCUCCACCCAGGUGGGGUUUCUCCAUGCUUUCCCCAGGAAUCAGGGAUGCUUCCACCUCCUUUUUGCCGAGACCGUCACUUAUAAGGACUUGUGUCUCACUUGUUUAUCAGAGCGGAGCAUAAAAGGAACAGACUCACAAAUGGGAUGUUGCCUCCCAAGCAUCCCCGCAUACAUUUUUCUUACAAUAAUUAACCGUGCUGGGUCCUACCAUCAGUCCGAGGUCAAUUUAAUGAAACAAAACACCUUAUAUGGCCAUAUGGCUAACACACCAUCACUUAGCCUAUUUAGGGUCUUUGUUUAGAGAGGAUCCGCCUCUGAGGUUUCACGGGCUCGCUGGUAUUUAUACCAAAGGCACAUCAGGACUCGGUCCCAGAGGAAAGGAGCUCUCGCCUCCGCGCUUUUCCCCCAGGUCCCCCCGAACGCCAACCGCUCCCGGCCCCACCAUGUGCGAGGAGGAGACCACCGCCCUGGUCUGCGACAACGGCUCCGGCCUCUGCAAAGCCGGUUUUGCCGGCGACGAUGCUCCCCGCGCCGUCUUCCCCUCCAUCGUGGGGCGGCCCCGGCACCAGGGUGUCAUGGUAGGCAUGGGGCAGAAAGACAGCUACGUGGGUGACGAGGCGCAGAGCAAGAGGGGUAUCCUCACGCUCAAGUACCCCAUCGAGCACGGCAUCAUCACCAACUGGGAUGACAUGGAGAAGAUCUGGCACCACUCCUUCUACAACGAGCUGCGCGUGGCCCCCGAGGAGCACCCGACCCUGCUCACUGAGGCACCCCUCAACCCCAAGGCCAACCGGGAGAAGAUGACGCAGAUCAUGUUUGAAACCUUUAACGUCCCCGCCAUGUACGUCGCCAUCCAAGCUGUCCUCUCCCUCUACGCCUCCGGCCGCACAACCGGCAUCGUCCUCGACUCCGGGGAUGGCGUCACCCACAACGUGCCCAUCUACGAGGGCUACGCUCUGCCCCACGCCAUCAUGCGUCUCGACUUGGCUGGCCGUGACCUCACUGACUACCUCAUGAAGAUCCUCACCGAGAGGGGCUACUCCUUCGUCACCACCGCCGAGCGGGAAAUUGUGCGCGACAUCAAGGAGAAGCUCUGCUACGUGGCCCUCGACUUUGAGAACGAGAUGGCCACGGCUGCCUCCUCCUCCUCGCUGGAGAAGAGCUAUGAGCUCCCCGAUGGGCAGGUCAUCACCAUCGGGAACGAGCGUUUCCGCUGCCCUGAGACCCUCUUCCAACCCUCCUUCAUUGGCAUGGAGUCAGCUGGCAUCCAUGAGACGACCUACAACUCCAUCAUGAAGUGCGACAUCGACAUCCGCAAGGACCUCUACGCCAACAACGUGUUGUCCGGCGGCACCACCAUGUACCCCGGCAUCGCCGACCGCAUGCAGAAGGAAAUCACGGCGCUGGCUCCCAGCACCAUGAAGAUCAAAAUCAUCGCCCCACCGGAGCGGAAGUACUCGGUGUGGAUCGGCGGCUCCAUCCUGGCGUCCCUCUCCACCUUCCAGCAGAUGUGGAUCAGCAAACCCGAGUACGACGAGGCCGGACCCUCCAUCGUCCACCGAAAAUGCUUUUAAGCCCCCUCCCCACCUCGCGGCGGCCCCCCCCACCCGGGCUGGGGCGCCCCGCUCCUCCUCGCUCCCUGCUGCUCCUCCCCACCGCCCACUGUGCAUUAAAGCCUUUUCUCCAG